UAUACUGUAUGUAGAAAUGCAUUUUUAUUACAAAAUAUAUGAAAAAUAUUUUAAAAAAUACAUUUCAAAUAUACUGUAUGUCUUUAACCUCCUUAGCGGUAUUCCCGAGUGUAGCUCGGGUAAAAUUUCUAUACCAUAGCGGUAACCCCGAGCUACACUCGGGCUUACCAUGCGGCGUUGCUCUGGGGGGUCCCUGCAGCACUUACCUUGUCCUUCGCUCCCGCGAUGUGUCCCCUGCAGCGUCCCUGGCCAUCUCCUCCGGCCGAUGCUGGCAUCCGGCUUCCGUGUUCCUGUCCCUGUGUGACGUCGGGACGUACGGGCGGGAAAUUUGAAAUUUUUAAAAAAUUGUCAUUUUUGCAGUCAUUGCUGUCAUUGCUGUUUCAAUGCAUUUCACAUAUAU